AUGAGACUGUAAUGAAGACCUGAAAAAGACUAAUCUUUGUGGGCAACCCUGUAGUAGCGUAACGAAUGAUGAAAUCAGAAAGGCUAGUUUUAUUUUAUAUCUCGUUUUCAGAUGUGGGCCUGGGGCUAGAAUACAAUGGACUUGGUCUACACAACGUACAACCAGGGAGGAAGCAGGACGAAUAUCCCGGAUUGGAUCAGAGAGACGAACUCUCUGUGCAGUGUAUCCUGUCAGAACCUGAUUGUGUUUAGUUCUGCUCUUCCUCUUACUGAGAACAGACAAGGCCUGAACAGAAUAUAUUGUGCAGAUCUGAAUUCUCCUUGGGAUUCCAGUUUGGUAUGUACCCUUCCAUCUCCUGUAUCCUGUCUGGCAUGGAACGGCUCCGGAUCCAAGUUUGCUGUUGGAGAUUUCUCCGGUAACAUCUCUGUCUGGAAGAUAUUGGACUUCUGCAUCUCCGAGUGGGAAGAGGUUUAUUCGUCCAAGCUGCCCCACGAGAGGAUCGUCAAUGCCGCGUUCCUAUCCUCGUCUCGUGUUGUUCGUCUUAAUCAAUAUAAUAAAGAUUCAAUUCUCUACAAUGAGAAGUUUGAAUUCGGACCUCAGGCCGAUGGUACUUUUGACAGCGAAGUUUGCCUUUUUACGACAAGCAGUGGUCUGUUGACAGCUGUGGUUCUGAAUGACAGCACUGUCCACCUGACAACUUCGGCUUGUGUUGGUCGAAGUAGAAACUGUAUCAAGUAUGUGGAUAUAUCAACCUUGAAAACUGGGGAGUUUCUGCUAGCAGCGUGUGGAGCUGAAACUCCUGUAACUAUAUAUAGAAUACUCUGCUCAUUAACCCCUCAGGAGGGAUUACAGAUUCAGGUUCUUAACCAUUCAAGCUUUAGUGUGACACAGAAAGGAGGGAAUGAGAAUGUACGAAUAUCAUCUUUAAAGUUUGUUCUCGCAGACUCAAGUGAUGCUAUUGUAGUUGGUGUAGACGGACCGGACGGAGGGAAGGUUCGGAUGUGGGAGUUGGAGUAUUCUCAGUAUUCAUGUCAUAAACUCUUUAGUCAAUCCUCGUCUGCUCCUAAGCAUAAGAUUGUACCUACCUGGAGAUACUGCUCCGAGUUCGGAGUGGGAGGAUCUAAAUUAGUUAGCCUGGCAACUCCUAGAUCCUCCUUAGUAGGAUGUGAGAGACCGUCCUGCUAUGUUGUAGUUGGGUUUGCAGACGGAUCUAUCCAGUGUCUUAUCCGGGAUUCUCUCCAGCAGAUAUCUAGUGUAGAACUACCAAGAAACGGAAAUAUAAGUUUAGACAAUACAAAGAACGAUGCAGCGGUUGUUACGAUAUGUGAUAUGUGUUUUACAUCCACUGGAACCUGUUUGGUAGUGACAGAUAGCCUGGGUCAGCUCUACCUGUACAGAAUGUCUCCUAUAGCUGAUCCCGGAGGACCCCAUGUUGCUCCCUAUCUGGUGACGAUGUAUGAGUAUUGUCUGGUAUCAGGACGGGACUGGUGGGAUCUAGGUAUAGCUGCAGCACAGACCAAUAUCCAGGAUGUAACGGAUAAACUAGAAGAAACUUAUUCGAAGCAACCUGUAGGAGUGAAGAACUUUUGCUACAACAGAUAUAUGUCAAUCAGAGCUUCUCUUUUCAGACUCUGUUCUCAGAGUCAGUACCGAGCUGCAGAUACUCUUUCCAUCAUGAUGCUGAGAUCUAUCUACGGAGAUCUGAGCUCCUUGCUUACAGUGGAUGGAGGGUACUCGGAGCAGGAUCCUGCGGAAAAACUCACAAAUAUUCUCCGAAACUAUCCUAGCUCCGCAGAUCUCAAUUCAGUGGUUUCUUCAUUAUUAACAAACGGAUUUUCUCGUGAGGUUCCAACCAGUAUAGAAGGUACCCAGACCCUGCACCAGCUUGGAUCUUGGGUUCUGAUCCUCGCUCUUCAUCUUUUAUCCGCGGUCCCAGAGUUUAAAACUAGGCGUGGUCCUGGAUACUGGUUGAUGCUGGAGGGCGGAGUAAGUUUAAUCCGUGAUAUUCUUGUUAUGACCAGGCUCUGGGGUCUACCUAGAGCAGGGUUUAUAACCAGGGAGAAGGAUCUGGACCUCAAUUCGAAACUGUUCUCUAUGAUCUCUAAACUAAAGGAUAAUCCUGAAGAUGAAGGAUUACUGGAUGAAUGUUUAAUCCUUCCCUCCUUGGUGAUAGUUCCUGAACUUGAUGUGAUGGUUUCUCCCCACGGAGUUCUUGCUGGUUUACAGACAGGGAUGAAUUUACCACUAUUCUUCCAGUUCGGAGUUGAACCUAACCUAACCCUGCCUCCUCAACCCAUAUUCCUGGAGGGACUACCCUACACCGAGGAGAGUAGUUCUAACAACGUGUAUGAUUCUGUGAAUAAAAUAUCCCUGGGACGGAAUCCUCUUGAGCUCCGAGCUUGUAAUAGAUGUAGAUCAUAUACUCAGGUUGUACCUGUGAGUACCGGGGGGUGGAGUUGGGAGAAACGAUUGAACCGUUGCUGCUGCUGUGGAGGUUCCUGGAGAACUGUCAAGAAUGAAUGAAUAAAGUAGAGCGUUAUCCUAAGGAUUGUCUCCAUAAUCUUCAAGGGACUGUCUUCGUAAUUUCAAGUGACCUUCCAUUGCAAUUCCGAUUUAAUCUGACUGCUUAAAGGGUCCGAGUAUAAAUAACGAUUAUUAGAUGAAAAUUGAUAAUUUUCUAUCGUGAUUUUUCUAUAAAAGUGAUCUGCGGAUUUAUGCAGCACGGACAAAAGAAGAAAAUUUACCGAAUUUAUCAUGUUUUAAGAUAGAAAAGUGACAAUAUCUUGUCUUGAAAGUAUAAUUUCUUUAUUUAUAUUUAAAAUUAAUAUUUACAAAAGCGUAUUUUUAUAUUAUUAUUUUUUACUUGUGAUGCCACUUUAAAUAUUUAUUGAAAAAGCAAAUUAGAACAUCCAAACCUUCAACAAUUCCGAACUACAGUUUAUUUGUGAUAAGAGGGUCGAGAAUAUGAUAUUGUACUCGUUAAUUUCAAACCAAAAGUUUACAAAGAAUCUUUGUUAGAGUAGUAGUCCCCGUAUUUUGAUUGUAAAAAUGAUUUAAAUAUUAUAAUUAUAUUGUCUGUAAACAUGUUACAUGUAUGUAUUAUAUUUACAAUUAAUAUUGUUCCAGA